AUGGACUCGGGUGACGAUUAUUCCGAUUGCGGAGAUUAUGAUGGUAUGUCCUUUUUUUAUUGUUGUUUCUGGUUUAGAUACCUUCAAAAAGCCUCGGAGCUGCCUUUCAUCGAAAAAAAUUUCAUUUUCUUUGGAUGAUCAACUUUAUUUAUAUAAUUUUAGUUGAUUACUACGACGAUUCCUACCAUUUUGAGCCAGAAACCACAAAUGCCGAUCCAGAAUCCGUCGACUAUCAGUGUCUAACGGUCGCUGAAGUCGAGACGCUCAUCAACAAUGAGGUUGCCAAGCUUUGCGACGCGAUUCCGAGCUUCGUUCCCUCUCACGCCAAGCUGGUAUUAUGUCUAAAUAACUGGGAUAUCGCGCGGAUUCAAGAGGAAUACACCCAAGAUCCGGCGAGAUUCUUGGAGAAGAACGGGUUGAAAACGAUUGAGAAGACCGCAAAAUCAGAUAUUCCCACCAGUUCGAGUAGUUCUUUGUUGAGUACAAAAAGGCCUCGAAUCUCACCGAAAUCCAAGUCCCAGCCGGUUGAAAUUGAAGCCAAGAGUUCGGAGAAUGAAUGUGGAGUAUGUUGCGAACAGAAUGAGAGUCUCAGCACGCUGAUUUGCGGCCAUCCGUUCUGCGAUGAGUGCUGGAUUGCGUACAUGAGGACUCAAGUUGACGACGGUAAGAUUUUUCGAUGUUUUUGUUUGAUUUUUAGGUCUCCGAUAGAAGAAGAAGCUGAUUUCUGUGCGUUUGAGUCCAGAUUCUAGUUGAAAAUUUUCGAAAUCUCCUGAUUUUUGGCAAAAUUAUAUUGUACAUGGGUCAUGUAUAAUGUUUUGUUUAUUUUUGGUAAAAUAUCCCAAGAUUUCAUUAAAUUUAUUGACCAAUAAUCUUUCUUAUACUAUGAUUCCUCUUUUCUAAUAAAAAAAUUGUAGGAAAUUCCAUCAGAAUCGAGUGUAUGCAGCAACAUUGCCAGUUAUAUUGCACUGAAGAUUUUGUCGCCAAAAUCAUCCCCAACACUCCGGAUGUGCGCGACAAAUACGAACGGAAUUGUUUCCGGGAGUUUAUUCAGUCCAAUCCGUAUCUGCGGUUCUGUCCCGGCGUUAAUUGUCAGAUGAUUUCGUACUGCAAAUCGGACAAACCCCACAGAUGUAUUUGCACGAAAUGCGAAACUUCCUAUUGGUAAGUCGAUUUAUUUUUUUUUGUGGAUUGGAAAUUUAGAUAAGAAUGAACGAAUAUUGACGUGUUUCAGUAUAAAAUGCGGCCAGGAUUACCACGCACCGGCGACCUGUGACAUCCUGAAGAAAUGGCAAGUGAAGUGCGCUGAUGACUCGGAGACCGCCAAUUAUAUCAGUGCGCACACGAAGGACUGUCCGAACUGUCAUGCAUGCAUCGAAAAGAAUGGAGGUUGCAAUCACAUGCAGUGCACCAAAUGCAAACAUCAUUUUUGUUGGAUGUGCUUUAGAGGUAAGAAUUUUGAAUUUUUUUGUUGGUUUUUAGGUAAAACGAAAUGGAAUUGAUGGUUCAGUUGGAAGAUUAGGUCAGAUUUGAGAUUUUGGAGUAUAUGAUUUUGUAUAAAAGAGGUCGUGAUGUUGAUUUUGAUUCAAAAAUACCAAAUCUGUCAUGUGUAAUAUAAAAAAUCUGAAGGAUUGCUGAUUCUGAGCUGGCAAUUAGGCUGAAUGCUUUUGCGAAAGAAUUUUAAGGAUAUUUAGGGCUUAUUAGCUGUUUCAAAAAUUGUUUUUACCAUUUAUAUUACACUUGAUGUACUAACAGAAAAUUUUUUCAGACUGGAAAUCCCACGGCUCCGAGUACUACGAAUGCUCCAGGUAUCGAGAGAACCCGGCGAUCGCACAAGAAGCCAAUCAUCUCAAGGCCCGAAGAGCACUGGAGAAAUACUUACAUUACUUUGAACGUUUCGAAAAUCACAGCAAAAGUUUGAAAAUGGAAGAAGACCUCCGAAACAAAAUCAAGGCCAAGAUUGACGAGAAAGUGGCCAACCAUGAGGGCACAUGGAUAGAUUGGCAGUAUCUUCAUGACGCGGCGUCCCUACUUACCAAGUGCAGAUAUACCUUACAGUACACAUAUCCAUUCGCCUAUUAUAUGGACGGGGAUCCGAGAAAGGAACUGGUAGGUGGUUGGGAAUGCUUUUAGUGUGAUGAUAAUUUAUUUUGACGUGGAAGAGGUGAUAUGGAGAGGAAAUUAGAGGAUAAAUUUGACUUGGAAAUGAGAGAUUGUUUUUGUGUCUAAAGUGUAAUAUAAAUUGGUUGUGAAUUUGAUAUUCGCUUGAAAUUUUGCAUAGAGAUUGUAAAUAGGCCACAAAUCAAUGCAUGAAAAUUUGGGCACGUGAUUUGCAGAAGCAAAGGAGAUAUUACGAAAGUUUUUGAGGUCAUAUGAGAGAGCAUGGAAAAGUAGGAGAGUGGUUAGACAAAAAUUGUUUUUGGCCGUAUCUAAGCGGGUUUGAGGUGGACAAAAUUGAUUUUUUUUUGUGGAAAAAUUGUACCUGACGCAUGUAAUAGAAUACUGAUUUUUUAAGCGAAAUUUUUGAUUUUUUUUUUGAUUUUUUUAUUUCAGUUCCAAUACCAACAAGCCCAGCUGGAAAAAGAGAUCGAAGAGCUGUCCUGGAAGGUGGAGCGCGCCGAAACCACCGACCGCGGAGACCUGGAGAACCAAAUGCAUGUGGCAGAACAGAAAAGAAGAACCUUGUUACAGGAUUUCUUCAAUUAA